ACGAAGACAAGACACGAGGCGUGGGCAGUGCCCAGACCCACGUGACUUAGGCUCCGAAUACGAGGUCUUCGUUCUCGUGUUGACGUGUACUUUAUUUUACUGCAAGCAUGGAGACGCACGGGUUCGUCUUAUUCAUACUCUCCAUACUGUGCUCCACCGAGGCGAAACUGCAAAGAAAGGAGCCUGGGUCAGUUGCCAAACGCCAAUUUCAAGUGGGAGAUUUGGACAAUAUUUUAGGGCAACAAGGCCUUUGUACCCCGCCUACCGUGCUGGUGCAUGGCACGGUAACCCUGAACGGUGGCCUGGCGGUGAGCGACACGGUCAGCAUAGCCUGUCUCUCCGGCUACCGGCUGGACGGAGUGGACCAGAUCACGUGUCUGGGCGGGACGGACAACGGCGGAUGGAGCGAUCCCAUGCCGACAUGCGUCCAGGAGUGCAGCGGCCUCUACACCGCCCCACGUGGUAAGCUGUACUCCCCGGGACAUCCGGGGAACUAUCCCAAUGACGUCACGUGUACGUACACGCUGUCCGCGCCGCAGGGAACGGGGAUCCUCAUCCGAGUGGUCAGUUUCAGCACGGAGGACAGCUAUGACGUCCUCAGGGUGUAUAAUGGGGCCGACACGUCUUCUGGCGCGGUGCGCUCCUACUCGGGCGGCGCAGGUGAUGACAAUGCCCGGCAGUACUACAGCAUCUCCACACAACUCUUCCUAAGGUUCACUUCAGAUUCGUCUAGAAACGACGCAGGUUUCAUCGUAGACUACGAACACUAUGACCUGAGUACGCGUGAGUGUGAUGACCCCGGGACGCUGGCGCACGGGACACAGGUUGUGACGGGCAUGCUCGAGGGUGACUUCAUCUUCUACACCUGCGACCCGGGCUACGUGCUGCAGGGACCGCAGGCCAUCAUGUGUCUACCCGGGGAUAACAGGGUGUGGAGCGACUCUCCGCCAACCUGUGCCGCGGAAUGUGGUGGUCACUUUUCCGACCCAUCCGGUACUCUCCUGUCUCCAAACUACCCCAAUGACUACCCCCAUAACCAGAACUGUUACUACACCAUCGCAGCAGAUCCAGGUAACUAUCUGGAACUGACUGUCAGGGCCUUCCGAACUGAGAGUACACAUGACGUUCUACAGAUUCGGGACGGAGGAGACAGUAGUGCGACGCUGAUUGGCUCGUACAGUGGCACCAGCCUUUCAGUUGGCGACAUCCUCAAAACCACGUCUUACGAGAUGUGGCUGUGGUUCAAGACAGACUCCACCACUCACUACAGCGGGUUCCAGAUAGACUAUCAAGCACGAGACAUUGCGACGCUUCAGUGUGACGACCCUGGCACUCCCAGCUACUCCAGCAGAGUUGUGACAGGCUUGUCUGCAGGCGACACCAUCACCUACACGUGUAACCCUGGUUACACCAUGCACGGCAGCGCCACUAUCACCUGUCUCACCGGCAACAGAAGGGUGUGGGACGCAGCGCCACCUAGCUGCCACGCGGAGUGCGGCGGCAACUGGCAGGAUCCGUCAGGUACGAUGCUGUCUCCAAACUACCCCAACCACUACCCCCAUAACCAGGACUGUUACUACACCGUGACGGUGUCUCCUGGCAACUACCUAGAACUGACGGUCAAGGCCUUCCAGACCGAGAGUACACAUGACGUGCUACAGAUACGAGACGGAGGGGAUAGCAGUGCAACUGUGAUUGGUUCGUACAGCGGCACCAGCCUUUCGGGCAAUGACGUCAUCAAGACCACCUCUUACGAGCUGUACAUGUGGUUCAAGUCAGACAGCACAUCUGCGUUCAAUGGAUUCAAGAUCGAAUAUCGAGGUUAG